CCCACGCCCUCUGAUAACACCACUGCAGGAGUGUGAGCGUGUCCAGAGGAAGUCUCAGUUUGAGGAAGUCACACACAUCGAUGGAAGAGGCAACUGUCAGCUGAAGGUAAAGCCAAGGUGCGUGCUCUGCUAUGAGUCUGUCGGAAAAGAACAUGGAGGGAGUAACUCCCUCUAAAACCAAGAGGCCAUGGAAACCUAAAGGAGACCCCAAGGAGAUUUCAGAGGAAUCCAGUGGUCUGUCUGUCUUGCUUCAGAAAGCAGAGCUGGAAACUAUAUUUACGCGGCUUGAGGCAAUCAUUGUCACUUUUGUGAAGAAGGAGCUGAAGAGAUUCCAGAAGGCAGUGAGUACAGAUCACCCAGAAAUCUUAGAGACUUCUUAUGAGGAGGGGGUGUAUGGUGUAGAUCAAGAUGAAGAGCAGAAGAGGAGCAAAGAGGCCUUUCUGAAGAUCACACAGCACUUCCUGAGGGAUAUGCAUCAAAACGAUCUGGCUGACUAUCUGCAAAAAAAAAUCGCCAUGUGCCAGCGUCAACUCAAGUCUAAUCUGAAGCGAAAAUGUCAGCGUUUGAAUGAGGGGGAUGGAAACCCAAAUCUUCUAAAUGACAUCUACACAGAGCUCUACAUUACAGAGCGAGACAAUGGAGGAGUCAACAAACAAAAAGACACAUCACUCGAAUGUGUGGACAUCUUUAAACCCUUACCUGGAAGGGAUCAGCCAAACCGAACGGUGAUGACAUGUGGAGUUUCUGGCAUUGGGAAAACAGUUUCAACUCAGAAGUUUAUUCUGGACUGGGCUGAAGGCCACGCCAACCAGGACAUAGAAUUCACAUUUCCGUUCACUUUCCAGGAGCUGAACUUGGUAAAAGACAAAAAGUACAGCUUGGUGAGACUUGUGCAUGAUUUCUUCAGUGAAACCAAGGAAGCAGAAAUCUACAGAUUUGACAGUUUCCGCGUUCUGUUCAUCUUCGACGGUCUGGAUGAGUGUCGACUUCCUUUGGACUUCCGCAACAAUGAGAUUGUGACCGAUGUGACAGAGUUGACCUCAGUGGAUGUGCUGCUGACAAACCUGAUCAGAGGGACGCUGCUUCCCUCUGCUCGCCUCUGGAUAACCACACGACCAGCAGCAGCCAAUCUGAUCCCUCAAGAGUUUGUUGACAUGGUGACAGAGGUGAGAGGGUUCACUGAUCCACAAAAGGAAGAGUACUUCAGGAGGAGAUUCAGAGAUGAGGAGAUGGCCAGCAGAAUCAUUGCCCACAUCAAGUGUUCACGAAUGCUUUGCAUCCUGUGCCACAUUCCACUCUUCUGCUCCAUGGUUUCUGAAGUUUUUGAGCAUAUUUUGACAACCAGAGAGAGGGGAGAGCUGCCCAGGACUCUGACUGAGUUUUAUAUCCGCUUCCUGUUGGUUCAGUCUAAAGUGAUGCACUCCAAGUAUUAUAUGAAUGAUGACAUACCCCGACAUGAAUACCCUGUCUGGAACAAAACAACAAGGAAGAUGAUUCUGUCUCUGGGAAAACUGGCUUUUGAGCAGCUGGAGAAAGGCAACCUGAUCUUCUAUGAAGAAGACCUGCACAAGUGUGGCAUUGAUAUCCAAGAAGCCUCUGUGUUCUCAGGUGUGUUCACAGAGAUCUUUAGAGAGGAGAGAGGGCUGUUCCGGGAAAAGAUUUUCAGCUUUGUCCAUCUGAGCAUUCAGGAGUUUCUAGCUGCUCUUCACGUCUUCUUGACCUUCAACAACUCUGGUGUCAAUCUUUUGUCCAACAUGCAAGCCACCUCUUGGUGGCCUGUGAAACUCCGGCACAAACCUGCUGCAAAAGACUUCUACCAGAGAGCUGUGGACAUGGCCUUAAAGUCUCCAAAUGGACAUCUGGACUUGUUUCUUCGCUUCCUUUUGGGGCUUUCACUGGAGACCAAUCAGGCUCUCCUCCAAGGUCUGCUGAAACCAACAAGAAAUAACCCAAAGACAAUAAAGGAAACAGUCCAGUACAUCAAGGAGAAAAUCGCCGAGAAUCCCUCCCCAGAGAGAGGCAUUAAUCUGUUUCACUGCUUGAAUGAGCUGAAUGACCAUUCUCUGCUUGAGGGGGCCCAAGAGCAUUUGAGACGAGGGAAUCUCUCCACAGACCGACUCUCCCCUGCUCAGUGGUCAGCUCUGGUCUUCAUCUUACUGUCAUCAGAAGAAGAGCUGGACGUGUUUGACCUGAAGAAAUACUCUGCUUCAGAGGAGGGUCUGCUGAGGCUGCUGCCGGUGGUCAAAGCCUCCAGUACAUCACUGUUGAAUGGCUGUAAGCUGACAGAGAGAAGCUGUGAGGCUUUGGCCUCAGUUCUCAGCUCCCGAUCCAGUAAUCUGAAAGAGCUUGACUUGAGUAACAACGACCUGGAGGAUUCAGGAGCGGAGCUGCUCGCUGUUGCACUGCAGAGUCCACACUGUAGACUUGAAACUCUCAGGUUGAAUGGCUGUAAGCUGACAGAGAGAAGCUGUGAAGCUUUGGCCUCAGUUCUCAGCUCCCCGUCCAAUAAUCUGAAAGAGCUUGACCUGAGUAACAACGACCUGGAGGUGUCAGGAGUGGAGCUGCUCGCUGGUGGACUGCAGAAUCCACACUGUGGACUCAAAACUCUCAGAACCCCAAGUGUCACCGUUCUUAAACAGUAUGUCAGGAACUCUGAGAUCCAAUCCCUGCUUGACCUGAUUUACAACAACCGGAGGGAUUCAGGAGUGAAGCUGCUCUCUGUUGGACUGCAGAGUUCAAACUGUAGACUCGAAACUCUCAGGUUGAAUGGCUGUAACCUGACAGCGGGAAGCUGUAACACUCUAGCAUCAGUUUUGAGCUCCCCGUCAUACAGUCUGAGAGAGCUGGACCUGAGUGGCAAUGACCUGGAGGAUUCUGGAGUGGAGCUCCUCUCUGCCGGACUGAAGAGUCCAAACUGUAGCCUUGAAACUCUCAGACUGUCAGGCUGUCUGGUCACAGUGAAAGGUUGUACUGCACUGGUCUCUGCCCUGAGUGAAAACCCCUACCAUCUAAGAGAGCUGGAUCUGAGUUACAAUCACCCAGGAGAUUCAGGAGUAAAGCUGCUCCAUACUGGACUACACGAUCCAACCUGGAGACUGGACACUCUCAGGGUUGACCAUGGUGGAGAAAAGAGGUUGAGAUUUGGCAGGAGAAAGUGGCCCUCUGGAAAGGUGAAGCUUGGAACCCUUGCCAGUGCAGUGGAAUCCAGUGACUGGACCGAACUUGAACCUGUGGUCAACACAACUGAUGAGGAUCAAACCUAUAGCCUCCAGUCUGAAGCAGGUCGCUUUGAAUGCCGUGUGUCUGCCCUGCGCUGGGUUUGUAAGGAAAAGGUCAGCUUCAAAUACCAGUUCUGCUCAUGGGAGGAACUCGGGGAGAGGCCCUCAUGCAUGGAUUACAUGCCAGCAGGACCCCUACUGGACAUCACAGUCACAGCUGGGAAGUUGGAGGAGGUGCAUCUGCCACACUGGGUCUGUGUAGAUCAGAACUCCAAAUGUUUGGAUGACAUGUUUGUAGUUCUGCACAUGGAUACCUGUGGAGAUGUUUUGGAACAAGUGUCUGAAGUGACAUCGUCCCACGUCAAGUUAGUCCAGCCAGUCUUCUCUCCACGAAUGGUCAUGAUCCGGAAGAUACUCCGCUUGCCUGUCAAACUUUUCUACGACGUGUUGAUAUUCAUGAAAAUCCAAGAUGCCCUUACAUUGCAUGUUUACCUGGUGCCACCCGAUCCUGCUCUGCAAAAGGAAGUGGAAAAACAGCAAAACUCCUGUGGAUCCACAAAGAUCCUAAAACCAGGCCCAGACAAGUCCAUGCAGUUGGGAAGUAAUUUCUCCCUCACAACAGACAAGGCGGAUGCAAAAAUUCAACCCAGCACACGGGAGCUCAGAAAUGAUGGCAGAAAUUUAUUUGAGGUGUUCAUCAGAAAUGCAGACAGCGACUUCACCCUCAAGCUUGAGAGUGAGCAAAACACUGUCUGGACCUGUUCCAUUUACAAAGAGGACUAUCAAAGUCAGAGCACUGAUCAUAAGCAAGCUGCCUCAGGUCAACAUUUCGUGGAUCGCCAUCGGACAGUUCUGAUUGAGAGAGUGUAUGAAACAGUAGCCAUCCUGGACGAGCUCCUGGAUAGAGAGUUGAUCUCAAAGGCGAGCUAUGAUGCUGUGACAGCUUUAAAAACCACACGAGACCAGAUGAGGGACAUUCACAGGUUUGUGACUGCAGCUGGAAACAAGGGCAAAAACGCACUUUAUGAAAUCCUAAAAGGGAUGAAGAGUAUGAGGCCUCUCAUUUCUGAGCUUGAGGGAUCUUGGUGAAAGAAUGUCCUAAGAGUUUGUUUCAGACCAAAGCAAGACAACGCUAGGCCUGAAAGCACCCUAAGAAACAGCAUCUCCAUUGCGUAGUUUGUCCACCAGAUGGUGCUGAUGAUUUUCUUGCUGUAGAAAGUCCUGCUUGAUUUUGGGCCAUGACUUUUUCACACUUCUUUAAUAACCAAAGCUAAAGGUAAACUAAAAUGUUAUUUGUUUAAGUUGAGAAAGAAAUAAGUAUUUCGAUUGAUGUAUCGUAUUACAUUGUAUUAAUAUGGUUUGAAUGUAAAUGUAAAUUAAUUUGUGUCUUUUUUUCUUUGUGAAACCUCUGACCUUAACUUGAGAAUGUGUACAUACUGAGAUGCACUUUUUUACAGAUUUGAUAUAAUAAAUGUCCAAUGUUUUUACUAUGUUUCCCUGCCCACAACAUGAAUUAUUUACUGUAUUGUCACCUUUUAAAAACAAUAACUACAUUUUUAGGUUGAAGCUUUUUUUACCUGUGUAUAUAUUUUUUCUUUUUUAAAUAAAUUUUACACCUGAUAAUUGUUUAACUUUGUUUUUUUUGGUCUCAGCUUUUUCACACACAAACCUAGAGUGAGUUACCCACAAGGCGGCGGUAAAGCAGGUCGUCCAUUAAACAGGUGAACUGCAAAGUGCUAUGUGUUCCUCUUACCUGUAGUGCUAUUUAUCAGUCUAGAUUUUUUUUUAUUGUGGGAGUUGCUGAGUGUUGGAGCUAUCAGAUGUGGAGAUGUCUGCCCUCUCUCCAAUCAAACGGCACUAAAUGAUACUCAGCUUGUCAAAAGUGCAGACGGCAGUGUGCAACUACUCCAAGCUCAGCUAGCACCACUGAGCUAGGCAAUGUUACAGCUCAGCCGAGGAGAGCGCCACUAAUAUUUACAUCUUGUGCCAUCACGAGCACCAUGACUAGAUGCACGCUUCCUUUUGCACAGUGAUGCAGUUGGUGGGUGUAGUUAGUGACGGCCAAAUGAAGCCUCAUGAACCACUUUUAUUUUCUGACCCCACCACAUGGCGCUCUUGGUUUAAAGAUAAAGGCUGAAGGACUGGCAAUGAAGCGUGCUUUCAAACCUUU